AUGCCAGUGCAGGACCUGAAUGCGACUCCGGACCAGCCGUCGAGCCCGCGCGCUCGACGGACGCGUAAGCGCGCGUCUCGCUUGCUUCGCAUGCCGUUGGACAUCAUCUACGAGAUCCUCGCCCGUCUUGCCCCCAAGGACCUGCUCAGCAUGUCCAGGGUCACGAAGGCGUUCCGCGGCAUGCUCCUCGACCGCGCUACCGCCCAGGCCAUCUGGCGCAACGCGCUGGCUCGCGUGCCCGGCCUGCUGCCGCCUCCGAAGGGCAUGAGCGAGCCCCGGCUGGUGUACCUUAUCUACGGCACGAACUGCCAGGCGAGCGCGAUGCGUGUUCUCGCGUUUUGCGGGAGCAGCCGCAAGGUUGAUGCAUGCUUCAGCGCUCGUAUGCGCCUCUGUCCCAAGUGCGAGAAAACGCGUUUCGUGGAAUACGAGGACCUCCCGACGUAUCACAUCCUCAAACGCUUCUUUCCUGCCGGCAGCCUAGACAUGGUGAACUACAUUCCCUACAUACAGAGAAUCAACAGAGGCAGAAGGCAGGAAUUAUUCUGCGUCAGAAGCGCCGCGCGGCUCGCGCAAGAGGUGAUGGACAUGGCGACAGGAUCAAGUAAACGCAGAAUGACUAGAGACGAAAUGCAUGAACGGCAGCAGCAGAACCACUUGAGGUGGCAGUUCAACACUCGCGAGACGAAGACGCAGAGCGGGAUAGACAGAGGAGGGCCCGAGAGGCGGAGUGAGGUCAUCCGCCGCCUGAAAGCUCUGGGAUUCGAGAAAGAGCUCGCCACUUAUCCCGAUGCACUCCGACAAGCGUCCUACCUGCGCAACAAAGCAGCCAAGUCCACGAAGCCACUGUCCGACAAACAUUGGAACAGGAUGCGCGGCGUCGCUGUCGCGGAGCUCAAGAAGCUGUACCGCUUCCGCACCGUGUCAGACACGACGAAGGCCCUCGCAGCGCGCCACGAGGUCCUCGUCGACACGUACACCGACUUGCGCCGCUCGCUUCCGUUCCGCGCGCUCGUGCCCACCGUCGGGGACAUCGCGGACGCGCCCUCCGUCCGCGCCCUCCUAACGCAACCGCCCCAGCAGCCCACGCCCACGCCGGCCAUCAUGCAGGCCGCCCUCGCCGCGGUGCCGCCCGCGUUCUUCGAGGACUGGCGCACGGCGCGCGAGGACACCCUGCUCAUGAUCAUCCACUCGCGGGCCCUCAGUGACCCCUGCGCCGCGGCGGAGUUCGCGCCGGGCAACCUGACCCACGCCACGCUGCGCCUCGCCUCCACGGUGUUCAUGAACCCCAAGACCGGCGCGCUCUUCAGCUACCCGCACGUCGUCCGCGCGCCCGCGCUCGACAUGCGCCCGUCCCAGCACCCCGGCGAGCGCGGCCGGGACCCAAAGCAGCUCACGGUGCGUGCGGAGUGUGCGGGGGUCGUCCGGCGCUUGGUCGAGCUGGCGGGACUCGACCCGUGGACGACGACGGCGCUGGAGAUGGACGAGCUGGACGCGUGGUACUACUACCCGGAAGCCGACAAGCCUGGGCAGCGGCGGGCACUCUCGUGGCGCUACGUGACGAACUUGGGCGCGUGCAUGCCUGACCGCCGUUUUGAGAUCCUCGGGCCAGAGCAGAUGGCAGAGGCUCGCGCUAUUGCAGACGCGCGAGCGUGCGACGUCAAGUUUGUCGAUGGCGAUUCGCUCUGCGCGCAUUGUCAGGCGCGGUUCUUCGAGUCGGCAGCGUUAUACACGCACCUUUGCGAAGCGCACAGCAUCGCCACGCCUACAAGGAAGGACUUCAUCCUUGGUUUUGGUGUCGAACAUCCACCCGGGAAACCUGUUUUGCUGUCAAUGUCCGUCGACGCACAUAUAUAUGCUUCUAAUCCGAUGCUCCGCAAUAGCCUCCUCAUGAAACCGAACGCCUCAAGCGAAGAUGUCGAAGGAACUCAGAGGAAUAGCUUCGACGCAGAUCCUUAG